CUGAUAGAAAUAUUCAUCCAAGAACACGUUAGAAAAUCUUUUGAAUAUUCUUUUGAAAAAAAAAGUUUUCUUGUAUUUAUUACUUUACUGAAAAGUAAUACUAAUUUUAUGAAUAUUCCUAUUCCCAACAACAGUAAUACCUUACAGUAUUACUUUCCUCGGUAAUGUAAUACAUGAGUAACAGUAGUACUGCCAUCCUUGAAGACGAGAGCACUUAAUAAAUACCGAAGAUUUGUUUUGAUUUAGACAAUUUCAAUGUCAUCAUGUUAUUCAAUUGUACGGUAUCUGCAGUCGUAUUCGUCCACCGUAUGUUGUUAUGGAAUUAAUGGAGAAUGGUGAUUUAAAAUCAUUUCUUUACAAGCAUAGACAAUCAGACUUACACCCAAAUGAGCCUUCAUUAUCAUUUGAAUCGAUGAUUCAAAUGGCUGCUGAUAUUGCCGAUGGAAUGUAUUAUUUAUCCGAUCUGAAAUUUGUUCAUCGAGAUUUGGCGGCAAGAAAUUGCUUAGUGAGUGGCGAUGGCACAUGUAAAGUGGGAGAUUUUGGUCUUGCACGUGAUAUUUAUGAAACUGAUUAUUAUCGUCGUGGUGGUCGAAGUUUUCUACCCAUACGUUGGAUGGCACCUGAAAGUUUAAGAGAUGGAAGAUUCGAUACAGUAUCCGACGUGUGGUCUUACGGUGUUCUACUCUGGGAAAUUGCUACGUUGGCUGAACAACCAUAUCAAGGUUAUGGAAAUGAAGAAGUUGUUCAUUAUGUAAGAUAUGGAAAUAUUACAUUAGAAAAACCACAACAUUGUCCACAAAUAUUACAUCAGUUAAUGCAUGACUGUUGGUGUUUUCAAACUCAUGAUCGUAUAACAUUUCGUGCUAUCUUAGAUAAACUAGUUCCCCAUAUAACUGGUGAAAAACAACAACUUGAAUUUGAAUUGAACUCUUAUUAUCAUACACAACCAAAACAACUAGAAGAACAAGAACGAAAAGCUAUAAGUGAACAAACAGUAACUACAACAUCAAUCGGUAGUAGUAACGAUGAUCAACAACAAUUUUUUCCGUUGCCCACUGAUGAUUCAAAUUGUCCAACUGAAGAUAAUGAUAUUAUAAGUUUGGGUGAAGCAUCUGGAACAGAAGGAAUAGAAAAACAAGAAAGUCAACCAUUUUUACUACAAGAUGAUAUUCAUAAAUAUCCAUUAAAAAAAUUAUCAUUUAUUAGCUCAUUUCGAUCUUGA